AUGCGUUUCUCCAUCAUUGCUCUUCUGGCCGCUGGCGCCCUUGCUGCACCCGUCGUUGAACGGCGCACUUUCCCAACUCCCGAUGGAUCAAAGGCUCCAGGUGAUGUUACGCCAACCUGGCCUAUGGGUGCACCACGACCCUCUGGAUCCUGGCCCGUCGGUGCACCACGGCCCACUGGCGGUUCAAUGGGCCCAGGAGGCUGGGGAAAGCCCAUGCCUUCCCCUUCCCCCAAGCCGUCCAAGGGUGGUAAGGGCGACGACGACAAAGAUGACAACGAUAAGCAGGCCAAGAAGGAGAGGGAGAAGGCCGAGAAGGAGAGGAAGAAGAUUGAGAAGGAGGCUAAGAAGGCUCAGGAGAAGGCUGAGAAGGAGCAGGAGAAGGCUCGCAAGCAGCAGGAGAAGAACAACAACGGUGGCAGCAAGGACGACAACAGCGGCGGCAGCAAGGGCAGUGGCAGCAAGGACGACAACAGCAGUGGCAGCAAGGACAGUGGCAGCAACGGCGACAAAGACAACAGCGGCAGCAACUAA